CUGCCCCUCCAAUUACGGCGACCUUUUCCCAGAUUUAGCGACGAGUUCCUCCUCUUUCAACGAGCAAAAGGAAUAAUCCAGACGCCUAAUUUCGCCGGGGACCGAUUCAUUUUCUCACUGCGAACUUCACCUCUACCCACCAUGGAGGAUAUUCUGAAGGCCCUGCCAGCCGAUGGCGCGUCAGUCAUGGCCAACGUUGCGCCGCAUCUGAGCCGUCACCUGCUCUUCCCGCUCAUCCAGUUCGAGGGCGACCAGGCCGAGGAGAAGGGCGAUGCCGAGCUGGCCAAGAAGAUCCUGUCGGGCAAGAUCAAGCUGCUGGAGGACACCAACAUGACCGACUACGUGGCCACGCUGUACUGCGAUCUCCACGGCGUUUCUGAGCCGCCCGCCGAGUACACCAAGAAGCGACAGGAUGUGCUGACGCAGCUGGACAAGUACGAGAAGGAGACGGAGCAGAUUGCGAACCUGUUGACGCAGGACGAGGUCGUCAAUGGCCUGCGAAGCGACAAGGUGGCCAACUUGGAGUUUCUCAAGAACCAGCACGGAGUUACCCUCGAAAUGGUGAAUGCUCUGUACGAUUUCGGACAGUUCCAGUUCCGAUGCGGCCAAUAUGGCCCUGCCGCCGAUAUGCUCUACCAGUUCCGAGUUCUCUCCACCGAUAACGACAAGGUUGCCGCUGCAACCUGGGGAAAGCUUGCUUCCGAAAUCUUGUCCACAAACUGGGAGUCUGCCGUUGACGAGCUUAAGAAUGUUCGUGAGGGCAUCGACACCAGACUCUUCAACAACCCCAGAGCUCAGCUGGACCACCGGACCAUGCUUAUCCACUGGUCCCUCUUCCCCCUGUUCAACUUCGAAGGUGCCCGCGAGCCCAUCUUGGACAUGUUCUUCUCUGCCUCCUACAUCAACACCAUUCAGACCUCUUGCCCCUGGAUUCUGCGGUACCUGAUUGCUGCCGUCAUCACCGGCCGCACACGUGCUCGCAACAGCUCUGUCCAGCAGAAGCAGCUCAAGGACAUCGUUCGCUAUGUCCGACAGGAGGCCUACGAGUACGCCGACCCCAUCACCCAGUUCGUCAACGCCCUUUACAUUGCCCACGACUUCGAUGCUGCUCGUGAGGCCCUCCGCCUGUCGGAGGAAGUGUGCCGAAGCGAUUUCUUCCUGGCUGCAUCCACAGAUGCGUUUGUCAACGCCGCCCGACACCUCAUCUGCGAGAGCUACUGCAAGAUCUUCAGCCGAAUGAACAUUAGGGAUCUGAGCGCCAAGCUUGGCCUGAACCCUGAUGACGGCGAGAAGUGGAUCGUCAACCUGAUUCGCGAGACCCGCCUGGAUGCCAAGAUUGACAGCCAAGACGGCACCGUCAUCAUGAACCACCCGCCCAACAACGUUUACCAGCAGGUCAUUGAGAAGACUAAGGGUGGAUUCUUCAGAACGCAGGUUCUGAACGCUGCUGUUUCCAAACAAUAACGGGAAACAUCUACUAGCAGAGUAUAUUCGUAAGAUAUCAGAAUAGCAAAACGAACACUUCAUCCAACGGUCGAUCUUUGUCGAAGAAGGGGGUGGGAAGUGGAUUUCAGAGAUGAUGCUGGGCCUCAUUUUAUAAACAGUCCCGAUUUGGAAAAAAGCGAGAAGGAAAGGACAUUUGAGCACAACGCGGAUAUAUAUGGGCUACUGCAGACCAAAAAAAAAACCCCGGCGAUUUUAGAUGCAAACAUGGCUCUGGUUUGAACAAGGAGAGGGGGGCUGGCAGGCAAUCUAAAGACAAAAAGAGCCAAAAGAAGCGGUAGACUGGCCCUGUUUUAUUUUUAUGUUCAUAUCUCUCUUUUCUCUCUGGUGAUGCGGUUUGCAUUGCAUGGCGUUUAUUCGGAUAAAACAGGGACAGGGAGGAUGUCAUCUUGAGAGGGAGAGGAGGGAGAGAGGGCAAGAGAUGUAAUGAAAUUUUUUAAAGUUUAUUGUGCAAAUGAUGAAAAGAGAUUUGAAUCCA